ACCGGCCGAUGUAUUUCCACACAAUGGAGGCCUGAAUCAGAAGCGACUUCCAGACCUCAAGGUGCAACGAACUUAAAGCUCGAACAACGAAACAGUGGACAGUUGGCACUCUCCGAUAUAACCGACUGGCCAGGAAUCGAAGCCGUUGCCGACUGGCCAAGAAUCGAAGCCGUUGCUGAGUUUAACUUUGGCCAAGAAUCGAAGCCGUUGCUGAGUUUAGACUACGUACCGGACGGAUUGCCUGGCAAAACACCUUCAAAGAUUGGGAGAGGAAAUGGAGAAGUCCCACCUGUCUAUGUGACCUACAGGAGGAAACGGAGAAGACCCACCAUAUGUAACCUACAUGAGGAAAUGGAGAAGACCCAUCUGAUCAGAAGCAAGAAGACAGCUAAUGUCUGCUAUUAA